AUGACCAUCACUUCAAGCUUUCUGUGUUUGUUGAUCCUUCUUUUGUUUUGCCUCUCGUGUGGAUAUUCCCCUCAUGGAGAUAAGAAUGAAAAGCCAAGUGUUGACGUUGUUUCAAAUGCGAAGCAUGUUGGUGGUAAUGAUGCAAUGAAGAAGGUGCAAGUACAAGGAAGAAGUGGAGAAGAGUUUAGUAAGGAGACGACGAUGAUGAAGAUGAAUUCGAAGAGGCCAACAGAGAAGGAGACAAGUGUUGAGGAUGAGGAUGAUCUUGUUGCCUACACAGCUGAUUACUGGAAACCAAGGCACCAUCCUCCCAAGAACAACUGAGCAAAUUUAUCUUAUGUUUAUAUAAAAGACCCAACAAAAUCGUCCUUAUUAAAUAUUAAUCAAUAUCACUAUAUAAGAUAUUAUACAUACAUACAUUAAUAUAUAUAUGGGUAAUUUUGAGCUUUGUGUUUGUAACAUCUUUAUAUUUAUAUAUAUAUAUAUACAUAAAUUUGGUAUGUAU